GGUACAUACCUUCCGUUCUGCUGCUCUCAGCUCGAUUUACCACUGAUCCUCCUAAUCCUAUUGUGUCUCUCCUUGAUCUAUGGAUCAUCCAGCAACAGUACACAGGAUAUUGGCUACAGUUCGAUUAUUUAUCCCGUUGUUUUUCUCCUGACUUUUGAAAGUGAAUAAACGUGCAUUAACAUGAAUUAAAUAACGGUCGAUUUUGAAUCUCCACUGCAGCUAAAAAUGCGCUGCAAUUCCAUCCACGGUUGAAUGUGAAUUCCACUGGCGAUUCGUGUACUUUGAGAAUAACCACUUCCGCCAUCGAGUGGAAUGGAAAGCACAUGGCCUGUCAUUAUUUGUUGCGAGUCAUCUUGAAAACAAUCAACUUUUUGAGUUUUCCAACUUUUCCAUGUUUACGAUUUGUAUUUUUUCUAACUGAAUCCAGAAGCAACACGAUCGGAUUAUUAUAAACUUUUAUUCUUGUUGGAAUACGUGAGGGAUCGAGCAUGGCCAGCAGGAAACCGCGCAGUUCGCAGCCCGCGCCGUCGCGUCCCAAUCGAGCCAAUGUUCCCUUCCAAAUCCCGUUCGGCAUGCCCGACCUGUCGAUGGACGCCGCCAUGGACGACUUCCUGGGCGGGGACGACGGCGACAUGAACGACGAGGACCUGGAAGCGGAGCUGAACGCCCUCAUGAGUGGCAGCGACAUCCGCAGCCGCCCGCCCCGGGGCGCGGGGGUCUCGCCCCAGCCGGCCAGGGGGGCGCCGUCUCCGCAGGGAAAAGGACCUCCGAUGGCGCCCCCGCGACGCAGCAAGGGCAGCACCCCCAACCCGGCCCUUGUCCCGCCGGUGCUGCUCGGCCUGGACCUGAAGGAUAUCGAAAAAAUCGGGAUGGACGAGGGACACGACGACGAUGAGGAUAUCGAUGAGGACGACCCGGAAUUACUGGCGGAACUGGCGGAUCUGACCCCGGACGAGGUGGACGACAUGCCGGUGCCGGCGCGGACCGAGGUGAAGGUGUCGCCGGCACGGGCGGCUGCCGGACACUCGCCGCUGGUGACGCUGCUGUUGGAGCGGCUGGAGAAUUACGAGGGCGCCAAGCAGGAGGCCGUGGACGGCAAGGAGGCGGGGAAGGUGCGCCGCUACGAGCGCGCCAUUAAGACCAUAAAAGAGCAGAUCGGCGAGGCGAAGAAGGGCCAGCCGGUGGCCGAGGAGGACAUUCCGCCGCCCAUCUUCGUCAAAUCCGUCCUGCAGAAGCCCCUGGCCGACAGCAAGCCCUUCCCCUCGGUCCCCUCCAACCUGGCCCAGCAGGGUCACCACCCGGCGGUCGCGGCCCCCAAGGAGGCCCCGCCCAGCGUCCCGCCGGUGCCCCCGCGGCCCUCCCCGCAGGCGCCGGCGGCCGCGCCCGUCAAGGAAGAGAACUUCGUCCUGUUGACGCUGAAAUCGCGACGCGAAGAGUACCGGCACGCGGCGCUUGAGGCCAAGCGGGCGGAGAAUAAAAAGGACGCCAUGCGCUUCAUGACCGUCGCCAAGCAAUUCGACGUGGUGAUCGAGGCGGCGGAGCGCGGCGAAGAGCUGGAUUUAUCGGAAAUGCCGCCGCAUCCCAGCGAGCUCCCUCCCGAGUCCCCCGGCCCGGUGAAAACCGCUCCGGAACCGCCACGGACCGUCCCGCCCCGGGCGCCGGCUCCUGUUGCCGGUGACGACGACAUUCCGGAAAUUGACCCCGCGGAUGCGAAGAUGGCGUUCCAUGCGCCGGACGCACCGAAGACCGUGUUGGAAGCGCUGCAGCAGCGGCUGCAGAAGUACAAAUCCACGGCGGAGGAAGCGCAGAAGGCCGGGGAUGCGUCGCGGGCGCGGCGCAUGCAGCGCAUCGUCAAGCAGUAUCAGGACGCCAUCAAGGACGUCCAGGCCAAACGCCCGGUGGAUUUCGCCGAAUUGCCCACGCCCCCGGGAUUCGGGCCCAUUCCCACGAGCGUCGCGGCCGGUCGGCCAUCGGCUGCGCCGGCAGCUGCUGCCGCCGGCGUCAAACCCGCACCGAAGCCGGCCCUUCCCGCCGCCGCCCACGGCCGGCUGCCGCACGCGACAACGCGGGAAUCGCGCAACGAGCAGCAGUAUCAGCUGCUGAAUGAGCGGCACAAGCAGCUGAAGUUGGCGGCGUUGAAGGCCAAGAAGGAGGGCGCCGUGGAGACGGCCAAGCACUAUCUGCGCCAGGCCAAGGGCCUCGAACCCAUGAUCGAGGCUUCGGCUAACGGACUUCCGGUGGAUUUGGCCGCCGUGCCCAAAGCGCCGCCGGGGUUCGCCAGCGCCACGGCCGGGCCCAGUGAACGCGACGGGUUCGAGGUGGUGGGGUACGAAGAGGCGGGCGCCCACCGGCCGGCCAACCAGCCGGGCAGUCGGGCGGAGGUGUUCGUGCAGCUGGAGAAGGAGCUGGUGGCGCAGGUGCAGAUGUGUGUGCGCAACGCGGCGCACUUCCACAAAUCCGGCGACAUCCCCAUGGCCGAGCGCUUCGACAAGUUCAACCAGCACGCCCGCAAGGAUCUGGAGGCCCUGCGCAACGCCUUCAAGCACGCCCUGCCCGUGCCCAAGUUCCACUACGAGACGCGCGUCUUCUCCGUCGUCAAGUGCUGUCCGGAGUUGCCGGAUAAUGUGAUGGAAUUGACCAUAUUGCGCGGCUUCGGCUACUCGUUGCCGGGAUUCGCGCCUGCGGAUUUCACCAGCUAUGUCAAAUGGGAUUUUCCCUUUCCGGCGGAGGCGCCGCAGUCGAAAGCGACGACGUGGAUCAAGGGGACGAACGAGCCGGAGUACAACGCCACGUUCCCGCUGCAGAUUAACCGCAAGUCGCGCGCUCUGGCCCGCAUCAUGAAGUCCAAGGGCAUCAACUGCGAAAUCUACGUCAAAAUGGGCUUUCUGAAAGCGGAUAAAGUGCUGGCGACGGUGCAGAUCCCGCUGGAGGCGCUGGAGACGCACUGCGUCCUGCACGGCGCCUUCAACCUGAUGAACGGGAAGCAGGCGGCCGGCGGCAAGCUGGAGGUGCGCGUGCGGUUGCGCGAACCCAUCGUCAAGCCGGAAGUGGAGGAGCUGCGCGAGAAGUGGCUCGUCAUCGACCAGUUCGUCCGCUGACACCGGUCGUCGCUUUGACGCAGCGUGUGAUGUUUUCCUUGAGACUCGGGUGUGUUUUUUUUUGGGUUUGUGUCUGCUUUGUGAUUUUUUUUUAAGGCUACAAUAUCCAUUCAGCGCCAAUUUUGUCGUUUUUAUUCCGCAAAUGUGUUGAUUAAUUUUGUCGAAUUAUGGGAAAUUCAUGACAUAAAUAAAUAGAAAAAUAAAAAUUUAAAAGUGA